AUGGAAGCUGAAGCUGAGUCUCACCCGCAAUUCUUUCAGCCCCUUCUAUGCUCCGGCAAAAAGCGUGGCUCUGAUGGCGCAUUUUCUCCCUGUCAAGCGAGGAGUGUCAAAGCCUGUGGCGCAUGCCACUUGGUGCAUUACUGUAAUGAAACUUGUCAAAAGGCUGAUUGGCCUGAACACAAGCACUACUGCCACUCUCCCAUGAGCAAGGAUGCGUGGAAACCUGCUUGGGAAGAGGAACAACGGGUUCCAAGCUUCAUCACUUCUUCCAUGAAUCUCCAUGUCACGCAGUAUGGUGGGAGUAAAUAUAUGUGGGGGAAUAUGCCUGCUCUCAAUCUGCUCAACCUGCAAUCCAAUGAGGGCAAAGAGACAUCCCAGGGUCUUCGGCUACUGCUUGCCGCUUCAGGCGAUCCAAGGAACUUGAUCAAGACUGUGGCAGCUUUGCCCGAUGGGUAUUCAGGAAAGGUAGACGCUACGCUCAAUGAUGCUUGA